AUGGAUCCCUCGGUUUCUGCUUUUGCGGUGUACCAGUCCAAGAAAAACAAUAAACAAAAACCAAAUAAUAAAAAGAGGAAGGUUAAGAAGCCGGUCUCGAGGAAUGGCUCAGCUAAAAACAUGAAAGAAAAUGCCUUGAAAGAAUUAAGUUUGAAGCUCAAACGAAAGCAGAAAAAGCUCAAGGAAUCAAAGAACAUUGUGAAAAAAAAAUCUCUUAAAAAAAAGAAAUCAAAGCAAGUCAUCAGAAAUGAAAUGAAUGGUCAGGCACCCAAUAUGGAAUCCUGCAGUUCAAACAACAACCAAAUAACAGUGGAACAGACCACGAAAAUCCCUAAACCACCUAUCGUUGAGGAAAUUCCAGAACUCGUGCCAGCACCGAAAAUCGAGAAGCCGGAGGUCGAUAGUGCGUGCUCCUGUUCAAGUAGUGAUGGUUUUGAGUUUACGCCGGUCACAACUCACAGUAAGGAAGAAGGUCUUAAAGUAUUCACAUGGAUGCUCACACCGUUUGAUCCUAAUGAAUUUCUUAAAGAAAUAUGGGAGAAGAAACCUUUACACAUUGCUCGGAAGAAACCCGACUACUACAAAGAUGUUAUCUCUACACCAGUCAUUGAUAACAUGCUGAGGACAGAAAAUAUUCAAUUUACAAAGAAUAUUGAUAUUACAUCAUAUGUGGACGGCAAGCGGGAAACUCAUAAUCCUGAAGGUCGGGCUAACCCACACCUCGUCUGGGACUUCUACUUAAAUGGCUGCAGCAUAAGGUUAUUGAACCCUCAAACAUAUGUGCCACAAUUGCAUUUAUUGAAUGCAACACUACAGGAGUUCUUUAAUUCCUUCGUCGGGGCAAAUGCUUAUCUAACACCGCCAGAUAGCCAGGGUUUUGCACCACACUACGAUGACAUUGAAGCUUUCAUAUUACAGACAGAAGGUAAAAAGCAUUGGCGCAUUUAUAAACCCAGGGAUGAGAGCGAAAUAUUACCUCGGGUGCCAUCAAAAAAUUUUGAUGAAAGCGAGAUUGGGGAACCAGUUUUAGAAGUCGUUUUAGAAGCUGGCGACAUGUUAUAUUUCCCGAGGGGGUACAUACAUCAAGGGGUGACAAUUGACGGUGAACACUCACUUCAUGUUACAAUCAGCAUGUAUCAAAAGCAUGCCUGGGCAGAUCUGCUAGAAAAAAUGAUUCCAGCGGCUCUACAAAUUGCCAUAAAUGAAAAUAUAGAAUUCAGAGAAGGUUUACCUCUCGAUAUUUACGACCAUUUCGGUCUGGUCCAUUCCGAUACAAACACACCACGUAAAGCAGAAAUGGAAGAGAUAGUUAAGAGACUAUUUAACAAGAUCAAAGAUUACUUACCAAUAGACGAAGCUGUCGAUCAGAUGAAUAAAAAAUUCCAACAAGAUGCACUACCUCCCGUCUUAAGUGAUUUUGAGAAAGCUGUCACUGUAUUUGGUGACUCGGAUGUAAUGAUAGAAAACGGUAAAGUUACCAACAGAGUUGAAAUUGGACUCGACACAAGGAUAAGACUACUGCGUAAGAAUAUUUUAAGGAUUGUUUCCGAGGAACGUAUCAAGUUGUAUUAUUAUGCUGAAAAUUCUUUGGAAUAUCACGGAACUGAACUGCCAUUCUUGGAAAUUGAAGAGGAUUUAGCCCCAGCUAUCGAAACCCUCAUAACAACAUACCCGGAAUACGUUUCUGUGGAAAAUCUCGAUAUACCGAGUGAUUCUGAUAAGAUUCAAAUAUCUGACGCUUUAUGGAGUCGAGGUCUCAUCAUGACCGAAUAUCCUUUAGAAACUAUUGACGAUGAAUAA